ACACCCAAAGGAAACUGACACUACAAAGGGAGAUUAUUAUUUUUUAUUAUUAUUAUUUGGCUUCAAGCACAUGGCUUUUUGUGUGUGUUGGGGGAUCUAACACACUCCCAAGAGCUGGGAAUAUUUGCACAACAUUUGUGUUGGGGGUUUUUUAAAUUACUUCCCGCCCCAAAAAAAACCUCCAGGGGUUUUUUUUUUUGUUUGUUUUUUUACUUCUCGUCCUUCUUUCUUUAUUUCCCCCUGCCACCCUCACUUCACCAUGGCCCGUAUGAAUCGGCCUGCGCCUGUGGAGGUGUGCUACAAAAACAUGCGGUUCCUGAUUACCCACAACCCUACCAAUGCCACGCUCAGCACCUUCAUAGAGGAUCUGAAGAAGUACGGCGCGACAACGGUAGUGCGGGUCUGCGAAGUGACCUACGACAAGACUCCCCUGGAGAAGGAUGGCAUCACAGUAAUGGACUGGCCCUUUGAUGACGGCGCUCCUCCUCCUAGCAAAAUAGUGGAAGACUGGCUCAACUUGCUGAAAACAAAAUUCUGCGAAGACCCUGGCUGCUGUGUGGCUGUUCAUUGUGUGGCUGGCCUGGGCCGAGCUCCUGUUCUCGUAGCCCUGGCUCUCAUUGAGAGCGGGAUGAAGUAUGAAGACGCCAUUCAAUUCAUCAGACAGAAGCGCAGAGGAGCCAUCAACAGCAAGCAGCUAAUGUACCUGGAAAAAUACCGGCCAAAGCAGAGACUCCGAUUCAAGGACCCUCACAACCACAAGAACAAAUGCUGCAUCAUGUAA